GUUUGACAACAGAGUUCGAAAUGUUUUUUUCGUUGUAUAAUAUAUAAGCGAUUUAAAUUAAAUUAUAAGUUAUUGUUCUUGUUCUUUCUUGUUUAUAUAAUACAAAAAAUGAAUUCAGUACCUCCUACCAAACCUCCAAGAGGUAUCAAACCAACAAAGGAAACGAGUGGUUUAUUGAUUUCUGUAAUUCGUGCUUUAUCAGCAAGUGAAACUAAUGAGCAGCGAGAAAUAGAGAAAGCUAAACUUGAGAAAGAGUAUAAGAAAAGUGAUCAACGACUUGAUGAGUUGGUCUCAUUACACGAUCAAGAUCUGGCACAAGUUAUGCAAAUAUUUAGUGCCUUGUCAGAAAAAGUAACAGCUUCGAGAGAAAAAAUUCACGCAGUUAAAGAAAACUUGAACGCCUGUAAACAAUUGUUGAGGUGUAAACGAGAAGAGUUAUUAAAUUUGUGGUUGGAGGGAAUUGAACACAAGCAUGUACUACACCUUUUAAAAGAUGUUACACCUGAUUCUUGUACCAGAAUGUUACCUUUAACUGAUACAGACGCAUUAUCCGUGUCUACACAAUAUAAUGCUACGUCAGACUAAUAACUACUAUAUUAAUAGAUAGAUAUAAAUAAAAUGUAAUUUUAUUUUGUAUUUACAUAUUAUAAUAAACCUAUUGUAAGCUGUAGUAUGGAAUCUA